AUGGGACAGAAGCAGGGUGGCACUGAGGAGCACCUCUUGUCUCUACCACCACCCUAUCAGUCACCACCACUGAGGGUGGAGGCACCUGAGCCACAGGGCCCUGGGGAAGCUGAGGCAGGCCCAACUCCCAGAGCUGGAAGUCCCCCUCAUACCAGGAGAAGGGCUCAACUGGAGCAGCUAAAGCCAUCAGCUGAUUCCACAGUUCUCCCGCUAUGGGCAAUAGGGCCAUGCAACAAAACAGGAGACCAACAAAUGCAAUAUUGGCCCUUUGCUACUAGUGACAUUUAUAAUUGGAAAUUACAAACACCAAAGUUUUCUGAAAAACCUCAGGGUCUUAUUGAUCUUUUAGACUCUGUCCUAUUCACCCACCAGCCUACCUGGGAUGACUGUCAGCAGUUAUUACAGAUUCUGUUUACAACUGAGGAAAGAGAGAGAAUCCAGGUGGAAGCCCACAAGUUGGUUCCCGGAGAUGAUGGCAAUCCAACCACCAACCAAGCCAGGAUUGAUGAGGGCUUCCCCUUGACCAGACCCAAUUGGGACUAUGACAGGGCAGAAGGUAAGGAGAGGCUCUGGGUCUACCACCAGGCUCUAAUGGGGGGUUUCCGAGCUGCCGCUAGGCAGCCCAUUAAUUUGGCCAAGGUAAGCGAUGUACAACAAGACAAGGCCAAAUCGCCAGCAGCCUUCUUGGAAUGGGUGCUAGAGGCAUACCGUACUUAUACUCCUAUGAACCUGGAAGCACCUGAAGAUAAGAAUGCAAUUAUUCUAACAUUUGUAAAUCAGUCAGCCCCCAACUUAAGGCGUAAACUGCAGAAGUUGGAUAGGUUAGCUGACAGGUCCCUACAGGAGCUCCUGGCAGUGGCUGAAAAGGUUUACAACCAUCGGGAAACUCCAGAGGAGAGACAAGCUCAAGCAACCUUGGAAGCAGGGGCAAAGCAGACUCGUCAACUUGCCAAGAUUCUCUUGGCCUCCACUGUAGAAUUACCAGGAGACCGGGCAAGUCAACUACAUAGAUUGACAGCUGACCCAGGUAAGAGAGGGCCCACAGUGGGGCACCCUAAGCUACAGAAAAACCAGUGUGCUUACUGUAGUAGAAAGCUAGGCCAAUGGAUCAAGGAAUGUCCUGAAAAACUGCCUACAAAGCAAGAUGAUGGUGGGGGCCGCACCCAAGUCCUGGAAUUAGAGGAACUAGAUGACUAGUGGGGAUGGGGUUUGGACCCCCUCCCCAAACCUAGGGUAACUGUUAAAGUGGAGGGGACACCUGUAAGUUUUCUCGUGGGCACGGGUGCUCAACACUCGGUCUUGACGUGGCCACAAGGAAAGCUAUCACAAAAAAGGUUUUGGGUGCAGGGGGCAACCAGAAUGAACCAAUACCCAUGGACUACCCGAAGAACAGUGGAACUGGGCACGGGCCGGGUAUCCCACUCAUUUAUGGUCAUACCAGAAUGCCCCUCUCCACUCUUAGGAAGGGACUUGCUUACUAAAAUAGGAGCCCAUAUCUACUUUGACUCAGGAGGAACUCAAGUAACUAAUAGGGAGGGACAACCCAUCCAUGUGUUGACCCUCCACUUAGAGGAUGAAUAUAGGUUACAUCCAAGAUCUACUCCCCUGUUGGGAGUAGAAAUGUCCGAAUGGCUGCAGAAACAUCCAACUGUUUCUGAAACAUGUUUCUGAGGCAUGGGAUUUGUAGCCCAUUGCACUCCCAUAUAGGUGGGAUUGAAGCCUGGGGCUUCACCAGCUAGAGUCAAACAGUAUCCAAUGUCCCUUGAAGCCCGGAAAGGGAUCACCCCUCAUAUUCGAUGCCUCCGAGAACAAGGUAUUCUAAUACCUUGCCAUUCCACGUGGAACACUCCCUUAUUACCUGUAAAAAAGCCCAACUCCAAUGACUACUGGCCGGUUCAAGACGUAAGAGAAGUUAACAAGCAGGUCAUGGACAUACACCCCACAGUGCCUAACCCUUAUACACUCCUGAGCUCUUUGACCCCCUCCAGAACUUGGUAUACAGUCUUAGAUUUGAAGGAUGCCUUCUUCAGCCUCCCCUUAGCAGAACCGAGCCAGCCACUCUUUGCCUUUGAGUGGCAAGACCAGGAGGAAGGAUUCAAUGGACAGCUCACAUGGACCAGACUGCCCCAAGGGUUCAAAAACUCACCAACCAUCUUUGAUGAAGCCCUUCAUGAAGACCUGAGUGAGUACCGGGUAGAGCACCCCCAACUCACCAUGUUACAAUAUGUCGAUGAUAUCCUGAUAGCUUCAGACAGCUUCUCGGAAUGCAGACAAGGGACAGAGGACUUAUUGGCCAUCCUAGGAGACCUCGGCUACCGAGUCUCCGCAAAAAAAGCCCAGAUAUGUAAAAAGGAGGUAAUUUACUUGGGCUACAUUCUUAAAGAUGGACAAAGAUGGCUCACAGAGGCCAAAAAAGAAACAGUGCUUAAGACACCCACCCCUACUACUAGAAGGGCAGUCUGAGAGUUUCUAGGGUCAGCAGGCUUCUGCCGCCUCUGGGUACCCAAUUUUGCAGAGCUGGCCCAACCUCUAUAUGAGGUCACCAGAGAAAGUGAGCCUUUUACAUGGACUGGAGACCAAGAGAAGGCCUUCACCAAAAUAAAGCAGGCCCUGCUGUCAGCCCCCGCCCUAGGACUUCCUGAUAUCACCAAGCCAUUCCAUCUCUUCAUGGAUGAGAGAAAAGGCAUAGCUAAGGGGGUACUAACUCAGACUUUAGGGCCCUGGAGUAGACCAGUGGCAUACUUCUCUAAGAAAUUGGAUCCGGUGGCUACUGGUUGGCCUCCUUGCCUGAGAAUUAUCACAGCAACUGCUCUGCUAGUCAAGGAUGCAGAUAAAUUAACAUUUGGACAGAAAUUAUUUGUCACCACCCCUCAUACUAUAGAGGGGAUCUUAAAACAGCCACCCAACAGAUGGCUGAUGAGUAAUGCCCGAAUGACCCAUUAUCAAAGCUUGCUUCUCAAUCCCCCAUGUGUCCACUUCCUCCCGAGUACGACUCUCAAUCCGGCCACCUUGCUGCCUGACCCAGACCUGGAAGCUCCCUUGCAUGAUUGUGUGGGGAUCCUGAGUCAAGCUCACGGGCUCAGAAAAGACCUGAUUGACCAACCGCUCUCAGACGCUGAGAUCACUUGGUUCACAGAUGGCAGCAGCUUCAUUCAGGAUGGACAAAGGUAUGCAGGAGCAGCAGUAGUGACAGAAUCUGAAGUAAUAUGGGGAGCCGCUCUUGCUGCAGGAACAUCAGCCCAAAGAGCAGAACUGAUAGCCCUAACCAAGGCCCUCGAACUGGGUAAAGAUAAAAGGCUCAAUGUGUACACUGAUAGCCGAUAUGCUUUUGCCACAGCACAUGUACAUGGGGCCAUAUACCAAGAGAGAGGAUUACUUAUGGCAGAAGGAAAAACCAUUAAAAAUAAACAGGAGAUCCUGGAUCUGCUGGCUGCUUUAUGGCUGCCAAAAACAUUGGCCAUUAUCCAUUACCCUGGGCACCAAAAAGCAGAAACGCCCAUAGCCUGAGGAAACUGAAAGGCAGACCAAACAGCCAGAGAGGGAGCCUUGCAAACCACCAUUGUCCUAACCACUCAGCUACCCGACCCAGGGUCACCAAUGCUGCCAGAUCAGCCCAACUAUUCUCAAGAAGACUUGAGGUCAAUACAUAUGCUACCUGCAACCAAAAAAAUUGACAAUUGGUGGUAUACGGGAGACCACAAGAUAAUUUUGCCUGGUGACCUAGCUGAAAACCUCCUCCACCACAUCCACUGGACCACCCAUUUGGGGACUUGGAAGACAGAAGACCUACUAAGGAACGCCCACCUGAAGGUGCUCAACCUUAUGCCACUCAAUGACUCAAUUGUCACCAAAUGCCUUAGCUGCAGGCUAACUAACACGAAAAGUGUGCCUAAGGGACAGGGGACUCAACUAAGGGGCUCCAAACCAGGAGCCCAUUGGGAGAUGGACUUCAUGGAAAUAAAACCUGGUAAAUAUGGCUAUAAAUACCUCCUAGUUUUGGUAGAUACUUUUUCAGGAUGGACUGAGGCAUUCCCCACCAAGCAUGAGACAGCACAAACGGUCAUAAAAAAACUGCUGGAAGCCAUCCUACUGAGGUAUGGUAUGCCAGCGCUCCUGAGCUCUGACAGUGGACCAGCCUUUGCUUCUCAG